AUCAUCCACCCGGAAAAACAAUCUCCGACCCGAUUGAAGAAAUGGGAUCGUCUGCGAAUACAGAGACGGCGAUGAUUGUCGUCGCCUCACCGGCGUCGAACCACAAUAAUCCGGUAACUAACGGCGGAGGUGCGAUUACGAAUCAUACUCCUGGUCCGAUACUCGAUCUGGUGAUCUCAGAAUCGGAUUCAUCGAAGAAGAGAAGAACAGGGGUGCUUCCGCUCGAGGUUGGUACUCGCGUGAUGUGUCAAUGGAGAGACGGGAAGUACCAUCCGGUGAAGGUUAUCGAGCGCCGGAAGAAUUAUGGUGGUGGCAACAAUGAUUACGAGUAUUACGUUCACUACACUGAGUUUAAUAGAAGAUUGGAUGAAUGGAUUAAGCUGGAACAGCUAGACCUUGAUUCAGUAGAGUGUGCUUUAGAUGAAAAAGUUGAAGACAAGGUGACUAGCUUGAAGAUGACACGGCACCAGAAACGGAAGAUUGAUGAGACACAUGUAGAGGGUCAUGAAGAGCUGGAUGCUGCGAGUUUGCGUGAACAUGAGGAGUUCACGAAAGUAAAGAACAUAGCAACGAUUGAGCUUGGGAAAUAUGAAAUUGAGACAUGGUACUUCUCUCCUUUUCCGCCAGAAUACAAUGACUGUGUGAAGCUCUUUUUCUGUGAGUUUUGCCUCAGUUUUAUGAAGCGCAAAGAGCAGCUUCAAAGACAUAUGAGAAAAUGUGAUCUGAAGCACCCUCCUGGGGAUGAAAUCUAUCGAAGUUCUACUUUGUCAAUGUUUGAGGUUGAUGGCAAGAAGAACAAGGUCUACGCACAGAAUCUCUGUUAUCUGGCGAAGCUAUUUCUUGACCACAAAACUCUUUACUAUGAUGUUGAUUUGUUCCUGUUCUAUAUUCUCUGUGAAUGUGAUGAUCGUGGAUGUCACAUGGUUGGAUACUUUUCAAAGGAGAAACACUCCGAAGAAGCUUACAACUUGGCUUGCAUCCUCACCCUUCCUCCUUAUCAAAGGAAAGGCUACGGAAAAUUCUUAAUAGCCUUCUCCUAUGAACUCUCAAAGAAAGAGGGCAAAGUCGGGACACCAGAGCGACCCCUCUCUGAUCUAGGCUUAGUGAGUUACAGAGGUUACUGGACUCGGAUUUUAUUAGACAUCUUGAAAAAGCACAAGGGUAACAUUUCUAUCAAGGAGCUGAGUGACAUGACAGCAAUUAAAGCAGAAGAUAUAUUAAGCACCCUUCAGAGCUUGGAACUGAUACAGUACAGGAAAGGACAACACGUGAUCUGCGCGGAUCCUAAGGUACUGGAUCGACACUUGAAAGCGGCAGGCCGUGGUGGCCUUGAUGUAGAUGUUAGCAAAAUGAUCUGGACUCCUUACAAAGAGCAGAGCUAAGAGCCAUUACACUUCAAAAUGGUCAUGGUGUUCUUUUCGUUUGCUUAAUCCUUAAGAUGACUUCUGUCUGUAAAAAAUUAACACGCUAUUCGUUCACUAGAUCUUGUAACCGUAGAAAUAUUUUGUCUGGAUCAGUAGUAAACUAUGAUAUUUCGUUCUUGUUUCCA